UUUGCACGGUUAAAYAUCUGUUAUCAGCUGAUUAAGCGUAAUCGAAGUUUAACCGUAGACGGUACAACUGGCCCUUACACUAUUACAUGAUACAUUCGAUCAGUGAGCACCUUCAGGCUUCAGCACCUGCUACUGGUGAAUGGCGAUAAGCUCUUUGGGAUUCAAUUCAAACGAGGUUUCGUAGUUUUAUUUUAGCGUUUAAGUGAUGAUCGUUUAUUAGACUUCGUCGACGUUUUCAAUACAAUUCAGAUAUAUUAUAUUGGUGAUGUCCAGUAACAUGCCAUCUGAGAUGAGCGUCGUUCCAAAUUUCAACAGUGAAAUGGUCGGUCAAAACACAAUGAAUGAGAAUAGAGUUGAAUACCCUGAUAGAGGUUGUCCAAUCCAAGAGCCAUUGUUAAACCCAGAAUUACCAAAGAGUCUUACUCCAUUGGACAAACCAUCAUGUUCCUCACAACAGGAACCAAUGUCCAAGGAAUAUAACCAGAGAAAUAACUUUGGUUUUUACGACAUGGAUGCACCAACAGGUUAUAAGCUCAAAGUCUGUAAUACAAAUUUCAAGAAAACUUCUAGUAAAGAGCAAAAAAUGGACUUACCAACAAAAUUCAAAGAGAUAAAACUGGACAACUCAAAAUCUCCUAUUACUAAACUCAAUGAAAUUAUGUUGUUAAAAAAGCAAGUAGUAGAAUAUAAGUGGGUUUCCGUAUCAGGCCAUGUACAUAAUCCAAUUUUUAAAUUUAUUGUUGAAAAUAAUGAAUUAUAUGCUUAUGGAGAAGGUGUGUCAAAAAAAGAAGCAAAGAAAAAUGCAGCUGCUGCAUUUUUGAAAAAAUUAGAUGAUAAUGAUGGAAACAACACCAUAACGUCAACUACUUCAAACAUUUCACCUAGCAAAGUUAGCCCUUUAGAGUAUAGCAAAGAAAACAUUUUAAAUGAAAUUUCAAAAUUAAACCCUAUUGGUGUGCUGCAAGAGUUGUGCAUGGCUCGUCAUUGGGAACUGCCCAAUUACAAUUUUCCUUGUGAUGAACACAAUGAUACACAUAAUAUUUGGUAUUCUGUGAUAUGUUCCCUUAGGGAAUUCCAAUCUUUAGGUGAAGGAAAAACAAAGCAAGCAGCUAAAAGACAAGCUGCUCAUAUCAUGUAUGAAAAAAUAAAAAAUGUUCCUUAUCAGAGUAGUCCUGAGGCUAAAGAAUUUGAAUAUCUAGAACCUAGUAAAUUCAUGUUAAACACUAAGGAAAUUAAUGAUUUAGAUCAUACAAAUAAUCUAAAACAUUUGGAAGUAUUCUUUAACCGAUUAAAGUUAUCUCAAAACCAAAGUUUAAACAAACUAAGGAAUACCAACUCUACGAUUGAAAUAAGAAAAAAUGCCAUUGAAAUUUUGAGUGCAAUCGCUAAAGAAGAAAAUUUUAAUAUUACAUAUGUACUGAUGACAAAGAAAUCAUCUGAUAUUGGAAUGUUAGUGCAAUUAACCGUCACUCCUCUGCUGUUGUUUAUCGGUAAUGGCAGAUCAACGACAGAAGCUCAAGAAACGGCUGCCUUUGUUGCUUUAUCAUACAUAAAACUUUUAUUAGAUUAAUAAACCUAUUUAAAACUUGCACAUUGCACAUACUUAAUAAUGUAAUAAAUUCAUUUGUGCUUAAGAAUAGUUUAUAUGAUAUUAGUAUAAUGCUAAAUAUUGCAACUUUCUACAUUAUGGUCACAUGUUUUCUAUAAUUUAAUUUAAAAUGAUUUAUAAUAUUUAUUUGUUGAAUCAUAAACACUAUACAUUUUUUCCUUUGUAGCAUAUCAUAUUUAUACCAAAAUUAUGUAGUGUAUUUAUUUUCCUAAGUAGACAUUUAGUUUUAUCUCCCU